AUGGCGACUGAUCCAGAAAACCUCUCCUGCCUACUCUACGGGCCUCUCGACGCCCGUUUCGAGAACCGUCCCGUCCCCAUCAUCAACAACCCUCACGAUGUCAUCGUCAAAAUCGCCUAUACUGGCGUCUGCGGCAGCGAUGUCCACUUCUGGUUCGACGGCGGGAUCCGCACAUUCGUCUCCGAGUCAAGCCCACUAACAAUGGGCCACGAAGCCUCAGGCACAAUCCACGCCGUGGGGUCCGCCGUAACAACCCUCUCGCCCGGCGACACCGUCGCAAUAGAGCCCGGUUACCCAUGCCGGCACUGCGAGAGAUGCAAAGCCGGGCGCUACAACUUGUGUCCGCGCAUGAAAUUCGCCGCGGACCCGGGGUCUGGAUUACACGGGACGCUGGCGAGGUACUUCCUCCUCCCUGCGGAAUUCUGUUAUCGUAUCCCUGAGGGCUCUGGGAUUGGAGUUCGCGAGGCGGUUCUUAUUGAGCCGCUGGCUGUUGCGGUUCAUGCGGUGCGGCUUGCGGGUGUCAAGCCUGGGGAUAGUGUGGUUGUGUUUGGGGCGGGGACUGUGGGUGUGUUUGCGGCUGCGGUGGCGCGGGAGUUUGGAGCGCGGGUUGUUGUUUCGGUUGAUCUUUUGGAGGAGAGAGUGCAGUUUGCGAGGAGGGUUGUUGGUGAGGAUCUGGGACGGGUGUAUAUCCCUGAUAAGGAUCUGGAUGCGGAGGGGAAUGCGCGGCGUAUUCUACAGGCGAAUGGUCUUGACGGUGAUGGUGGGCUGGAUGUUGCUAUUGACGCCUCUGGUGCUGAACCGUCUGUGCAGACUGCCAUCUAUGCGCUGCGGAUGGGAGGGACAUAUGUGCAGGCUGGCAUGGGCAAGCGCAAGAUCGAGUUCCCGAUCUCGGAGAUGUGCGAGAAGGAGAUUACAGCAAGGGGGUGCUUCCGGUAUGGACCUGGGGAUUUUAAGCUGGGGAUCCAACUGGCAGGUCAAGGGAGAUUGGGAGCGAAGUUGGGAGAGUUUGUGACUGCAGUCUUCCCGUUUGAGAGGGCGACUGAGGCGUGGGAGCUGGCGAAGACGGGAAAGGGCGUUAAGACUGUUAUUGAGGGGCCCAAGUAG